AAUAGUCAAUAGUACCACUAUCCACUUUACAACGACGCCGUUUAGCAAGGUUUCUUUAUAAGAAAAUUCAAAUCCAAGUCAAAAUUGAAAGAAAAUAAACCUCUGGUUGUAACAAUUUCUAGAUUUCUAGAUUCUAGAUUUCUAGAUUCUAUUCUAUGGAUUACAUAAUUAGGGUUUUUCAGUAGAUUCUCUCUUCUUUCAAAUUUCAAAAAUGGCUACAUUUUCAUCUCUUUACCCUUACAAUCCUAUGCUUUUCGUUCCAACUUCUUCCUCAAAUUAUCAUUUUGCUUCUUCGUUUUUGCGACGAACCAAAUUCAUUGUUCUUUCCUCUCAUUCCAAUCCCAAAAUUCUUAAAACCAACAGAAAAUCAAUUUAUGGAAAAACCCUCUCGCCGUACGAUUCCGAUGAAGAAAAUGAUGAAAUGGACGACGAAGAUGAUGAUGAAGAUGAAGAUGAUGAUGAUGAUGAUGAAGAUUGGUUCUCUGAUGAUGAGGAAUUUGCUGAGCCUGCUGAUCUUGAUCCUAAAGUCAAGAGAUUGAAGUCAAAGACACUUGCAGGUAGACAACAGGAAAAGGAAAACGGUGUGAGAUCUCUUUACAAUGGACAAAGCAAUAGGUUGCCCAAAAGUCGGAGAAUAGCAUCGUUACAAGAAAAUAACAGUGCAAAGUUUGGUAGAAAUUAUAAGGAGAAAAGAUAUCCGGAGUUGUCUGAUGUGAUUGCUUUGGAUGUGAAUUGGUUACCACUUCUUGAUUACUUAAGCACCUUUGGAAUUAAGGAAUCACAAUUUGUCCAAAUUUACGAGAGGCACAUGGCAUCGUUUCAAAUUAAUGUAUAUUCUGCACAAGAAAGGGUUGAAUACUUAUUGAGUCUUGGGGUUAAACAUACAAAUAUAAGAAGGAUCCUUUUGAGGCAACCACAAAUUCUCGAAUAUACGGUGGAGAACAAUUUGAAGACACACGUCGCUUUCUUGAUGGGUUUGGGCGUACCUAGUUCCAAAUUGGGGCAAAUUAUUGCUUCUACUCCUUCCAUUUUUUCUUAUAGUGUUGAGAACUCGUUAAAACCAACAGUGAGAUAUUUAAUUGAAGAAGUCGGCAUCAAGGAAAAAGAUUUGGGUAAAGUCAUUCAACUGAGUCCUCAAAUUCUUGUCCAACGUAUUGACAUUUCAUGGAAUGCUCGAUUUAUGUUCCUUACCAAAGAGUUGGGUGCACCAAAAGAGAGCAUUGUGAAGAUGGUGACGAAACACCCUCAGCUUCUCCAUUACAGUAUUGAUGAUGGAUUGCUGCCAAGAAUAAAUUUCUUACGGAGCAUAGGAAUGAAAAAUGCAGAUAUCUUGAAAAUCUUAACUAGCCUUACACAGGUGCUAUCUCUGUCCUUGGAGGCUAAUCUAAAGCCGAAGUAUUUGUACUUGGUAAAUGAACUUCGCAAUGAGGUGAAAUCCUUGACUAAAUACCCGAUGUACCUUAGCUUGUCUUUGGACCAGAGAAUACGCCCUCGUCAUACGUUCUUGGUUUCCCUGAAGAAAGCUCCAAAAGGACCAUUUCCUCUUGGAUCUCUAGUCCCAACUGAUGAAGCCUUUUGUCAACAGUGGGCUGGUACUACUCUUGAUAAAUAUUUGGCAUUUCGCAAUAGAUUAUUACUCAAAAAGUUUGCAGAUAAAUAUGACAAAAAUGUGAAAAGAUAAGGAUCAAAUUUGUCCCAGUCAACUUGCAUGAGUACUAUGAGAUUUCAACAUGUUCAAUCAUUGGAGUUUACUAACUAAGCCAUUGGAACUGGAAGAUGAUUUCACAUUGGCACACAAAUAUCAGUGUUUUAUUUCUCAGCAGAUGCUGAUCAACUUGUUUUGUGAAAUUUAUCAUUGCGGUUUAUGUUGGCCUGAAAGACAAUUCAUCGCGGUGCUGUCUGUCACCAUAAGGUUGGUCAACACAUAGAUUGAAGAAAGAAGCUGUAUAAACUUAUUAUGAUCCAACUUAUACAUUCUAUCUUUUUUUUUUUUAUUUUUUUUACCUUCAUUGAUGAAUUGUAUUUAUAAUUAUAAUAUGUACACAUUCUUUAUUUCUUUUGGUGUUUUCAUUGUUGUGUAUCUCAAAAUCAAUAGGACCACUUUUUGUUACACUUGUGACUAUAUAAAUUACACUAUACAUAGAGACAAUUAUUUGUUACCCUGUGCCAA